AUGCCUCUCGAUACCUCUACAACAUACCCUCUCACCAAGCUGCGACUCGACGGUCGUCGCUGGAACGAGCUCCGUCUUCUUCAAGCUCAGAUCUCCACAAACCCUGCUAGCUCAGGCUCGUCAUAUUUGUCGAUGGGUAAUACAGCGAUAAUGUGCUCGGUACAUGGUCCAGCUGAGGGACGCAGAGGAGAGGGAGGAGGUGCAGGAAGCCCAGCGGGCGCUACAGUGGAAGUGGAUGUGAACGUUGCGGGCUUUGCUCUUGUUGAUCGAAGAAGAAGGGCUGGUGGGAGCGAUCGGCAAUCGACUCGAAUCGCAACGAUUCUCCGCGCAGCUUUCCAAUCACAUCUCCAUACCUAUUUGUAUCCUCACAGUACCAUCCACAUUCAUGUGUCGGUCCUAUCAUCGGACGGAUCUCUUCUCGCAGCAGCCAUCAAUGCCUGCACUCUGGCGCUUGUCGACGCGGGGAUUCCCAUGCCGGGCCUCCUCUGCGGGUGUACGUCGGCCAUGAGCGGCAGCGCAUCGACACCGCGUGACCCCAACAACGACGAACUCGAUCCGCUUCUAGAUGUUUCACUACCGGAGGAGCAAGAGCUUCCGGCGCUGACGGUCGGGACGACAACAGCAGUCCCUGUGGGAGAGAAUGCGAUGGACGAGGAUGACAGUGACAUGAAGAUCUCAGUGCUUCACAUGGACUCCAAAGUGCACGCUUCCUAUAUCGAGACGCUGCUGGCGGUUGGAAUUGACGGGUGCACACAGAUCCGAGAGAUACUAGAAGGCGUCAUCAAGGGCUCAGACCGUGUGGUGCUAUCUAAAGUGUCUGCAGAAGCAUGA